AUGGCGCACUUCAUCCCGCCGGCAUCUAGCGGUUCUCGUGGAGGCUUGGGUUCGGGAAGUGGGGACGAUGAUGAGGAAGAGUUGUUGUUCACCGAUGAAGAAGACGAACCUAAGAUCAAGGACGAGCUCACAAUUGUUCUCGACGCGUCUAACCGGGAGAGGUGGUCGGAUGUGGUUUUGGAGGCGCGGAAGCACAUGCGGUGCCACCCUAGACACCCAGGACGCGUUCGCGACGGCCGGAGAGUGUGCAUCUUGGUUGAUUCCUCCUCAUCAGACGAAGAAGACGAGAAGAAUAAGCUUCCAGUCCGUCGUCUAGAGCCAAGCCCAGCGAACCCCACAACGUUCACCCUGUUCACCCGACUGCCGAAAGAACUUCGGGAUAACAUCCUCCUCACGGCCGUCGACCCCAUCACCAUUGAGGGCUGGGCCAAAACCGACCUCGAGUGGCGGAACGGGCCCCAAGCGCAUUUCUUCCUCCGCCGAAUCAGGUCCUGGGCCGCCAUACCCCUCUACGCCGUCAGCCGGGAAACCAGGGCGCUGGCGACCACGGCCUUCGGCGCGCCGGACCCGCGGACCUUUCCGUUCAGCCCCGCUCGGGACGCUGUGGAGCUUGUGUGGGAUGGGUCCAUGCUUCCCACCACGUGGAGAAGGGCGGAGGACUACAGGCUGGCCGGGCCGGUUAUCGCGGGUAGGUGUAGGUGUGGUGAGCUAGGAAGGAGACAUGUCAAUAGUGAUCAUGAAUGGGCUAUGCUGAGGGAGACGCGUGAACGGGUACAGGGUGUGUUUGUCGACGGGCGUUACGCGAGGUUUGAUUUGGGGCUGAGGGAUGGAACCAAGGGGCCGUGGGGCCUUGUGUUUGGGUUGGUGAAUGGGUUCUUUGGCGACGUGAGGAUGUUGGGGGUGAGAUUGUGGGACUUGGAUGAUGAAGGGUUUGAGGGGGGCUUUGAUGUAUCGAAGGGGGAGGCGCUAUACAGGGUUGACCAGAUGGACUUUUUCGAUGGGAUGGAGGAAGUUUGGUCUGAGCCUGGAGCUGAGGAUCAAGGGGUGAGAGUGGAAGCUCCGUUCCUGAGGCUGAGGUUGCUGAGGGUCUUGCCUGAGUGA